AUGUCAUCCCCAGCUGGUCGUAUGGAGGACGAUAGUGAGUUAUUCAAUGGAUUUGGAUCUGCACCUUUACAAAGAAAUCCAAGUUCAGGGAAGAGAAAUCAAAGAUGGUCAUUUCAUGAUAAUUUAAGGCCGAACUUGGUAGAAUUGCCAUCAGAAGCAAGUGCCAUAGGAAAAAGAAGAAUGAGUGACAUUACUGGGAUCGAUGGAGUUCAUACCGAAAUCGAUCCUUAUCAUAUAUCACCGGCACAAUUGUAUUCUACUGAAUCAGGUAGAUUAUUCCACGCGGGCAAAAUAUGUAUUGCAUUAGCAGGUUUACCAGGAAGAGGUAAGACACAUUUGUCAGUUUCGUUGACUAGAUACUUACGUUGGUUAGGUGUGAAGACACACCUGUUCCAUUUGGGUAAUUAUAGAAGAGCAAAUGCCGAAGAUGAUUUACGUCAUGAUUUAUUUGUGCCAACACCAGAUAAUCCCAAAGCUCAUGGAUUCCGUCAAAAGAUCGUAAACGAAUGUCUUAAUGAUAUGUUGAAUUUUUUCAAGAAUGACAAAGGACAGGUUGCUAUUUACGAUGCUGUUAAUGCAUUACCUGAGUAUAGGUUAGAGCUUCAUAAGAAGUUUACUGAGUUGAACAUCCAGAUUAUUUUCGUGGAAUCCUCAGUAACUAACGAUGCGAUAAUCAUGAAGAACAUGGAAGAGGCAGCAAGGUCUUCGCCUGAUUAUGUGAAUUGGGACUACGAGCAGGCGUAUAAGGAUUAUAGUGAAAGAAUUAAGGUUUUGACCCCAUUUUAUCAAGAAAUGGGUGAAGAGGACGAUCAGAAUAAGUUAUCUUAUAUUAAAUUCAUUAACUUCGGUGAUAGAAUAGAGUUACAUAAUUCCAAUUAUGGGUAUCUAAUCAAUAAGGUUGUUUUCUUUUUAAUGAAUUCCAGGAUUAAGCUGGGUUCUGUUUUCUUUGCACGUUGCUAUAAGAAUUCAUUAGACUAUUCUUAUGAUCCCCCAUUAGAUGAAACAGGCAUCCAAUAUUCAAAAAAUCUCACAGAAACAUUAACAGAAUAUUUGAAAGACCAAGGGAAAACAUACUUUGAUGAUAAAAAUAAGACGAUUGGAUCAAGCAUUUCGGCUAGACCACAAGUUAGCAGAGAAUUGUCAGUGGAUGAAAGACAUCCUGCUGCGGGUGUCGAUGGUGUUGAUGAUAACUCUUUUGUCGUAUGGACAUCUGUCAAGAAAAGAACUAUUCAAUCUACCCAAUUCUUUGCCGAUAAGGAUAUCAACAUCAGACACAGAAUUCAAUUAUCGCAAAAGAAUCCAGGAAUUGUUGGAAAUAUGACAAAGGAAGAAGUCGCCAAGAAGUUUCCAACUGAAUAUGAACAAUUUUUGAAAGACCCAUAUCAUCAUAGAUUUUCAAGGGCAGAACUGUAUCACGAUUUGGCGAUCAAGAUAGAGCCCUUGAUUUUAGAAAUGGAAAGAAUGAGCGGUGACAUUUUGAUUAUUGCAGAUGAUACUGUUCUUAAAGUAUUUUACGGAUACUUAAUGUCUUGCUCUUGCUACGAUAUUCCAUCUUUACACUUUUCAACUGAUGAAAUUAUUGAAAUAAAAUUUAAUGCAUAUUCGAACUCUUCUAAGAGAAUUGAAAUUAAAGACUUCAGUUAG